UAAAAUAAGGAAAGCUAAAUAAAUGAAAAUAAUAUUAUUUGUUUUUCAACAAAUCACGACAACCAGAUUAAGAAAGCUGGUUGCUACACAACAAUUUUAUCCGAGGAAAACUAAAUAUCUAGUAAUUUUUUUUCAAAGCUGACAAAAUAUGCCUCCAAAGCCAAAACUCAGCAAGGCUGAAAAGGAGAAGCUGAAAGCAGAGGAGGAUUUGAGGAAAGCAGCGGAAGAAGAGGAACUAAAGAAAAGGGAAAAUGAGGAAAAGAAAGACAGACGAGUCGAAAUGACUCAACUGAAUGCCAUCCUGCAAAGCAACAGAGAGGCACUUCAGAAUCUCCACAAUGAAAGACGAAAACAAAUGAAGUGGAACCGGUACAUGAGAUGUGAUGGUUCUCCCGACCCCACAAACCAAGGGGAGAUAAAUACAUACAUUAAUCUUAGAUUGGAAGACACUGCACAUGAUGAUGUUGAAUCUGUCUUCAAAGCCAGUGAAUUAGACACAAAGCUAAUAAUGGAACUGAACUUUUUACUGGAGGACACACCACCAGAAGAAAUAACGGACAGAGAAAAGUAUCUGUACAAUCAAAUAAAGGAAGAGUUACAGGCCUUGAUUAAAAAGAAGAUGGAUUCUGCCACGCUCCAGUUGUUACAGGAGGCAACAGACCGUGCCGACUCGGAGACCUUUAACCUUCAGUUUGAACACAAGAGUCCUGAUGUGUGCCUCAGUAUCUGGGGAAAUCUCAGUAAAAAUCCCAGAAUUAAGUCAUUUGAGUUUGCCAAGCAGGGACUGACAUUUGAAAUUCCCCGAGUGUUGUGUUUGUCUGACUGUGCUAUUCGUGUUCUGGAUCCUAAAUAUGACCACUAUUCACCUACAUGUAAAAGCUUCUAUCCAAGACAAAAGGUCAAAAAAGUUGAGGCCCCUGUUGAGGAACCCCAGCCAGAGGAAGGGGAGGAGAAAAAGGAGGAGAAAAAGGAGGAGGAAAAGAAAGAGGAGGAGCCAGAGGAAAAAGAGAAGGAACCAACAACUGGAGAAGGAAACAAACCGGAUCUAAUGGCUGCUCUGGCUGAAUUAGAGGAUGGACCAAAAGAAGAAGAGGAAGAAACAGAGAAGAAGGAGGAAGAAAAAGAGGAAGAUAUUGAGGAAUAUGAGGAGCCUAAAACUCCUGAGCCUCUGGAGUGGGAAGAUUUUGAAGAGGAUGAAGAUGUGGUGGAUCUAAGAGCUAAUGAUAUUGUGGGGGGUGUAUUCCACUUUGAUCUUAUGGCACUCCCUCCCCAACCCAAAACCAUGAACAAAUGGAUCGUCACUAGAUUGGUGGAUCCCCCAGAAAUCGAGUACAUAGAUUAUGUAGCUGACUCAGUCACACAGAUGCCCAAGGAAAACCAGAGUAGUGGUAAUACCCCAGUCCAAGGGGAGAAGAGAGAUGAUAAACCACCCAUAGGAAUUGCAAUGAAACUUCCAAGUCAUGUGCUGUUUUCUGAGGAGCCCCUCAUUGCUCGCUGGGAUUACAAGAAGAAAUACUGGAGACAGGAUGGAUUUACAGAUAUGAGCUAUGAUGAAGAUAACAGGAUUUUCUCCUUUAAGACGGCGUACUUUGGACUUUUCGCCCUCCUUCAGGACUCCCACCUUAACAUGCCGUUCCAGUCCUGGGAGCUCCGCCCACAUAAAACUAAUGCCUGUGUCCUCACCAUUAUAGCAGCCAUCGUAGAAGUGGAAAUCGAAAUAAAGAGUUAUAUAAAUUUGUUCCCAGCUGAUGACUCCUCCAAAUAUGUCAGCAUUCAAAACAAGAAUCCUAUUGUUACAAACUGGCUGUAUGAACAAAUGGCACUGCUGUCGUCUGCGAUGGCCUUCUCCUGGUCCAAGUGGAACAGCGAGAUGGAGACAAGUGAUAAAGUUUUGUUCCAGGGAUCUGAAGCUCUGGAGGAUGAACCGCUGCUGGAGGAGGACUGGGGUGUUUACAUGGCCACGAAGAAGAGAUGCAUGAAGCUCCGCUGUACAGAGUUUGAUGAAGAGUUCUCAGAGGAGUACGCUGAGGGAACAACAUUCCGCUCCAACCUGUACCAUACCGUGUUGACUCAGUGCUCUGAGGAAGCCAAGGAGAGAAUCAACAACUCCAGUUAUCAGUACGUGGACUGUGUGGAGCAGAUACUGAAGGCUACUAAAGUACUCACAUACUCCUAAUGAAGACUUUCAUACUCCUAAUGGAGAGCUGCGUAAAGGGAGACAACUUCUAUUCAAAGACUUGCAUAGUGUGAAAAUGUGGGGAGGCAUCUGUGUACAAAGGCGAAAGCUGUUAACAUGGAUAUGUCUUUUCAUGAUAUGAUUCUUCAUACAUGUAUUUUAAUUUUGAUAUGUUAAACUGUGUUUUGAAUGAAGAAAUUUACUUGUGUCUUAUUUCAAAAGUUAAAAACUCAAAAAAAAAAUGUGCUUUAAACAGGAAAACUGUUCAAUUGUGAUAUGCUCU